AUGAUUAGGAAAGUUAUUGAACAAGAAUGGGAUAGAUUUAUUGGAUUUACUGACCUGGACAAAAUUCCUAAGAAUAAGUUAAAGAUUGUUUACAAAAAUUCAUACAACUUAAAGAAUUUACUGGAAAAAGAAUGUGAGCCAGAGCAAUUAAACAGAAAGAAAAUAGUUAAACCAAAGGAAACCAAAAUAAAAGAGUAUACUGCUGAAAGUGUGGUCACAUGGGUUGCUGGAAAAGAGUAUGUUGUGACAUGUAGGGCAGAAGACACAAAACCUGCAUCCGAGAUUAUAAUUAUUAAAAGUGGUAUCCAGUUUUCUUCUGAAAAACUAUCACAGCAGGUGGGCCCAGGUUCAAAACCCAAGCUCUUCACUACAGAGGCAACAGUUAAAGUCAUGCCACAAAGCUCAGACAAUACACACAAGCUUGUGUGUGGUGCCCUUAAUCAGGCCAUCUCCACACCAGUGCUAGCCAGUUUUACCAUGAAUGUACUGUUUCCUCCGGAUCCCCCAACUAUAAGAGGACUUGAUCAGCCCACUAUAAAAGCAGGGGAGACAGUCUUGCUUGUCUGUUCAUCUAGUGGAGGCAAUCCCCUGGCAACUCUACAGUGGUCCAAGAAUAAUGAGAUUAUCUCCACAAAAUGGGAUAUGGAUGAUGCAACAAAGUCAUCUCAUAGCUACCUAUCUCUUAUGAUCAGCCCAGCAGACAACAUGGCAAAUCUGACAUGUGAAGCAACAAAUCUUGUCAGCCCACAGCCUUUAUAUUAUACCAUCACGCUUCGAGUUGUUUUCCUUCCCACUGAAGUGACAAUAUUAGGAUCUGCAGCUGUGGCUGAAAACAAGCAAAUCUACAUGUCCUGUUUCACUGGACCCAGUAACCCACCAGUCCAUAUAAGAUGGUGGCUUGGGUGGAAAGAACUACUAACAACUGAGGUCACAGUUUCUGAGGGUGCAAAUGGUGGAACGGCCACUAUGUCCAAUUUGACCUACAUAGCUAUAAGGGAAGAUAAUGACCUGCCACUUACCUGUGAGGCUUUUAAUGAGGCGAUCCUCUACACAAAAAUUGCAUCAGUCACGCUGAAGGUUCUGUACCCUCCUCAGAAGAUCUGGCUUGAAGGUCCAUCUCAAGGGAAGCAAUUCCGUGCAGGAACAAAGGUAAAACUGACCUGCUUAGCCAGUGGUGGAAAUCCUCCAGCAUCACUUAAAUGGUACAAGGAGAAUAAGUUCGUCAAAGAAAGUACUUCUAUUGUGUCUGGGAAGAUAUCCUCCAGAGAGAUAAUAAUAACCACAGCGCCUGAUGACAACCAAGCCACAUACCGCUGCAAUGCGAGUAAUGAUGCAAGGGCUGCUCCUCUAACAGCAUUUACAAAGCUUCAUAUAUUGUUUCCUUCCAUUGACGUAAAGAUAACACCAUCAGCAAAACAAGUCAAACGUGGGCAGUCAGUGACAUUAACCUGUGUCAUUGGAAGUAGCAACCCCUUAGCUUCUCUUAUCUGGCUCAAAGAUGGAAAUGUGUUAAAGGGGACAGAACCACAAGCAAAGAAGGCUGAACAUGGUGGGAUGUCAGCUACAGGAAAGGUCACAAUUGUAACCUCAUCAUCAGAUAAUGGCAAAAGAGUAACAUGCCAGUCUUACAGUGCUGUCCUGACAGAGUCAGUCAACACAUUCUACAAACUGAAUGUGCUUUAUCCACCAGAAUUUGCUGUGGAUCAGGUGACAUUUGUUGAGGCUGUGGAAGAUGGAGCUGUGCUAAUUCCUCUGAAGGUCUCUGCCAAUCCACCAGAUAUCACAUAUACAUGGUCAUUUAAAGGAGAAGACCUUGUCAAAGAAGGAGUAAAACGCUAUCACCUGAGGGAGAUGGGUGCUCUGGAGAUAUGGAACUUGACUCGAGCUGAUGCCGGAGACUACAAGAUUCACUGCAAAAAUACUGAAGGUGAAAAUCAGACAGUGAUUAAACUCAUAGUACACUAUUCUCCUUCUGUUAAAAGUAUUGGUGACCCCACAGAAGUUGAUAUUGGUGGAACCGCUGAAAUUAUUUGUGUAGCAGAUGCAGUGCCUAUUAAGAGUGACAUGUUCACAUGGAAAUGGCUGGGCAACGAUGAGAGGGAAUUCACUGCAGACCAACAGGUAGUACAAGAAGCUACAGGAAAGCUGAUCAUAAGGGAUGCAAAACGUUCUGAUGCUGGCAGGUACCAGUGUAAUAUUGACAAUGGAAUUCCACCUCCAGCUAAAGGAGAUGCAAAACUAAUAGUGCGAUUUAAGCCAGAAAUCCAACGAGGAGUACAUCUUAGCAAGGUAGCAGCUUCAGGGGAUGGAAGAAGUACGGCCACACUUACAUGCAAAGCGGAAGGAGUGCCAAACGUCGAAUUUAGUUGGGCCAGACAAGGAGUUACCAUUGACCUCAACAAUCCCAGGUACUCCGAGAAGACAGUCCACGAGGGUGCACUGCAUACAAGUUUUCUGACCAUCGUUAAUGUUAGCGCAGCACUGGACUAUGCAGUCUUCACCUGCACGGCCAAGAAUCCAUUGGGUAUUGAUGUAUUUGACAUUCAGCUUGUUAGCACAAGUCGCCCGGACCCACCCACAGAACUAAUUGUGGCCAACUUUUCCCAUAAUUCUGUUACACUGCAGUGGAAAGCUGGUUUCAAUGGUGGAUUGGAGCAGAAAUUUCGAGUCAGGUACCACUGGAAAGGAGCAACCAGCUUUAUGUAUGUUGAUGUGUUUCCACCCCAAGCAACUAUAUUUACCAUAACUGGUCUCACUGCCCAGACUACAUACAACUUCUCAGUCAAUUCAAUCAAUGCCUUAGGGGAGAGUGAGUAUGCUGAUGGGGGAGCCAUUAUAACAGUAACUACUCUGUCACGAGAUGUAGAGGGACCACCUCCUGCUGUCCCUGUGCCAACUACUGCACCUCUUCCAGCAGGACUUCCAAUCCCAGUAUAUGUUAUUGUCAUCUUGGCUGCAGCAGGAGCACUUCUUUUGGUAUCGAAUAUCUCUUUCAUGGGCUGUUGGAUCCACAAGCAACGGAGACUGGCAGAUGAAAUGAAAAAGGAAGAUAGGUCUAAGCUUGCAGAGCCAAACCAAUAUGGAGAUGGAGAGUUAAUCAACACUGCAGCCAAACAGACUCUGUUAAUUGACAGUGCGUCAGAGCACAGUUACAGCACAUAUGAGAGUUCUGAAGGGCUGACUUCGUCUGAUGGUGGUUAUUAUUACUAUCCAGGAAAUGAGUUCCAUCCCACACUUUAUCCCCACCAGGAGACAUCAGAGACCAUGAGUAAUGAAACCUCCAGUAUUCAAGGCAGAAGCACAAGAAUACAUUGGGGAGAGCCUGCUGAGACACACGAAUAUGAAGAAGUUGGAGGACGUAGUAUUUAUGAAGAUUUGGGAGGGGUUUAUUCCCAUUCUUUAUCUUCUGUAUAUCCUAUCAGAGAUCUUCACCAUGCUGAAAACUAUGUGGGGGCAUAUCAGAGAAGAGGAAGGCCUCUUGCAGAAUAUGAAGAACCAGUCCAGCUCUACGACAGUGUACCUGACUACCAGUCCACUGAUCUUCCAUUUCAGAUGAGAGGCGAGCUUGUCUGACACUAAAAAACGCAUAAUAUGAAAUACUUCAUUGCUGUUCCUGUUGUUUUCCACUAAGGAGAAAUCAAUUUUUUCUCAGUUACUUAAGCUGCAAAAGAUCUGGUUUAAACUGUAUAAUAAAUUAUGUUUCAAAAUGUUAAUAAAGUGGAUAAGUACAUACAAUAAUGCAGUUUCAGCAGUGAUGUAAGUAUGCAACUUUCAGAUUUAACAUAAUUCAAGUAGGUAGGUAUUUUGAGCAAUUUAAUCAAGUAAAAACAAUUAAAAAUGUCUAAUGUUUUGUUUAGUAUAAUUUAUUGCGCAAGUUUAAAAGGAAAAGCUUGGAAGGACAUAAUAUCAGUGCAGUACAUUGAAUUCUGCAAUUAUGCUGUGAAAUUAACUUUACUCUUGAGACAAGUUUUAUUAAGUUUAUUCCUCAAACACAUCAUAAGUUAUCUAUGAUUGGAGAUCUGAUCAUAUCUCUUUGUCCCCUUCCAUAAACACAUCACACGGAAUGACAUUUGACAACCUUUAUUAAACUUUCAUAAGAAGAAUUUGUUAAAACAUAUUUAUGAAUUACAAUUAUAAUAUAACUGAUUUUAAUCACAGCAUAAACAUUCAUGUAAUGUUAAUCAGGACAGCAUGACCUUACUCAGCCUGACCCAGUAACCAGUGUCCAUACCUCUGCUCGCUUACUUUACUUAUGCAGCAGCAUGCUACCACUCACUGCAUUUUCCAUUUAUUAAAUUACAGAUCCAACCAAACAAGCAGUGUCCUUAUCUCAGCUCGCUUAUUUACUUAUGAAGCAGCAUCCCAUCACUCAUUCAUUUGCCAGUUAUUGAAUUAACAUCCAGCCAAUAAGCAGCAUCCUUACCUCUGCUCGCUUAUUCAGCAGUUAGCCUCCAGCUGCUCACUUUCCUUUCCAAACUCAUUGAAAUGAACAUCCAAUUACAAAGGGGUAACAGAAGAAGGCAACCCUGUCCCUCUUCUCCACCCACCAGCAUAAAAAGGCUGUUCUUCCUCCAUCCUACCCAAAUUUCCAUCAACCUAACCAACCAUAAAAUGGCAGGUUUGGACAAACAUCAUUCAGUGUCUGCCAUCCUCUCAAAGCCAAACUGGACCUUUUCAUUAACCCCCAAAUCCCUAUUAUAUAAGUACCCAAAGCCGCCAAUUGACUAAAUUGAUAAAUAAUCAAAUGAUCUCACCCCUAUAUGAACAAAAAACAUAACUUUGUAUAACUUCUGUAUAUUAACUAAAUUCUCACUAUUCCAACUACCAAUAUUACCAUCCAAAAGAAACACCAAAACAUUAAACCCAAUGCCAUGCAAAAUCAUGUAAGGGCAAUUGCCUACCAUCAUGCCUAACUGCAGCUCUUUUUCCCCACUCAAUCUAUAUAAUAAUGACCACAUGAGAUGUCCUUCCUAAAUUCACUUUAAGAGCAAUCCUGCCAUCAAACCAACUAUCCAGCAUAAGCAGAAAACUAUGAACAUCCUAGCCCUGGCUGACCAACAAACCCCCUUCUGAAUGACUAAAAUGCAUACUUAAAAUAAAUGCUACACAUACUGUAUCCCCAUGAUCCUCCGAUUCCCAACACUAACUCCCACACAAAACCUAUCUUGAUACUAGCCAAAGCCUGUCAAUCUUCACACUAUCAACCUACCCCAACCCUUCAAACCAAUGACAGCUGAGCGAGAUUUAUUAAAUUCACUUAGCCAUGUCACCUGUGCAAAUACAGUACUCUCAGUUAAAUCCUCCUUGAUCAGUUGAACUGUCUUAGCUUGCUCCCACUCCUGAAAAAUAACUAAGUCUUUUCCACCAAAAACCUUCCCACAGACAACUGUAACGCACAUUUAACCACUCUAGCAAUUCCAUACGCUAUGCUCAACUUAUAAAAGGUGCCCAAAACUCCACAACACUCCUUUAAUCUUAACACAACCUGACACACCUCAAACAUGUGCAACAUGACCCAUAUCACUGUCAUAUUGCACAAAUCAAAGUAAUCCAUAAACCCCACAAAAAGCAAAUCCCCAUGGAGAACACUAUCCAUCUGCCCCAAGGGGCAUCCCCGUGAAUCGUUCUGGGGCAAGACAAUGGUAAAAUGCACUAACUUAUUAACCCCUACCCAACAUAACCCAAUUAAACAGACCGACGUGCAAUUUCAGUAAUCCAAGAAGCUGAAAAACAUCCUUAAUCUGCUGCUUGACCCCGGCUUCCCCUCAAAUCUUUCCUUUCAUUUGUUACCUUUGUAUCUGUUAAGGAAGUAAACAUGCCCUACAUCUACAAAGAAUCCCAGACAAAUGCCUUGCAUAAGCCUUCCAACUUUUGCUUAAUCAACAAAAUAUCCAGUUCCACAUAUGACCCCAACGACACCAAUAAAACCGACAAUGCUCCAUCAAACCCUAUCUGCUCAUAAAGGUCAUACCUAUACCGAAUACCUCCUACUAAACACCUCCUACCAGCCCAAAGCAGAGGUCAAUUGGUAUGUGUAUUACUCACCCUAAUAACCUUAACCUGAUAUGUGACAUUAGUAACCUGGAUGAGGAAUAAAAUUAUCUUCCAGAAAAUACCACGUCUGGAACAAACAUCCACCUAAUAUCAAACAAAACACUUCAUUAUUCCUCUACAAUACAACUGGAUGGGUAACUCUAAAUUCCACUCCAGAGAUUCCACCCUUGUCCCCUAAAGACAAUAGGAGCAGUAUGUGGAAAUAAGAAAUUGAACAUGGCUAGCUUACAAGGGCCCUAAAACCAUUAACUGCAUAGGUUCCUAUGGUCCUAUGAUUGUUGAGACUCCACCCCCCCUGUAAACCCCAGACUCACUAUAAACAACCCUCAGGCUCUGCAUUACCCUGCCCCAAACAUACCUCCACCCUGCCACCUCAUUGUGCACCAUUUCAACAAUCAAAAUACACACAAGAAGAAUCCAUUACCUUUUGAAGCCAUUUCAUCAGGGCACUGGCCGCUACUCACUCGGCAAUCCCACAUCUGUGACCUCAUUGUACACCACUCAAGAUGAUUGGGACAUCCAUGAACAGACUCCAUCACUUCCAAGUUCCCUUCCUUCAGGUCAUCAACUGAUGCCCACUCAAAUUCCGGACCUCCGCAAUCUGCAGAAGAAAACAGAUUAAGCAGCUUGCCUUUACAAAAAUUGAAACAAGGAUGAGUCUCAAACCCUAUACCUUGAGUAUAUGCAGCAAACACCUUAUCACUAUACCUCCCCUUUAACAUCUAAAUUAAGUUAUCCAACAGAUAUAGAACCCCAAGGUUUUAUGAAGGGCCUAAAUAAUGAGCUAAAAUCUAUCUCUUCCACCACCUCAGGACAGCACAGCCCACUUACUGCAAAACAGCAGUAAAAUACUUGCUCUCAGUUCCACUGAAAUGCCAAUCAAUACCCUCUCAAUUCCACCAAAGUAAAUGUCUAAGCAAAGCUAUAGGUAACAGCAGGGCAACGACUAAAUAUAGGGGGAAUAUUGCUCUUUAUAAACCUAGCAAGUUGACAGACAACCAGUGUGACUUCAGCAUAUGUCCCCACUAUUGCUAUUACAAACUCCUGUCAUCCCUACGUUAACACCCAGCUGUAAAGAUUUUCCAGUAUUUUGUCCAAACAAGUGCAAUUUUAUGAAAAUGGAUAAAAUUAUAAAGCAACCAACAUAUGAGAAAACCUGAAGGUUCAGCACAUCCCUUUCAAUGUAUUGAAGCAAGCACCCAGAUAAAGCCAGCACAACAAACUGAUGAUCCAAAGCACCCCCUUUGAAAUGGCCCCAGAAACUUAUAAGCUGAAAGAAGGGGGCCAAUGCUAUCAAACUUGUUUGACUUGUUUAAAGGUAUAUCCACUAUAUCCACUAAUGAAGCAGGUUCCCUACCUUGCAAGCAAGCUAGAAAAUUCAACGUUAUAAAACAACUAAAGCUAUACAAUACCUCCCAGAGUUUUUUUUUUUUUUUUUAUAUUAGCCCAAUCUGAGAUGGCUUCCGGCCAUUCUGGGAAAAUGUCAACCAUCAAAAGAUAUAUCCCUACCAGCUAUCCAUACAAUUUGUGUGCUCGAAAGCAGCUGAUAACUCAUGGGUAAUGAGAGACCACCUUUCCAUCCCCUUGAUCAUCAUGCGUGACUACUGGCCAUCAUUCAUAUGCCCCCCAGAAGCCCAGGAAAAAACUUCACAAACUGGGCACUCGCAAAAACAUGCUGUCGCACAGGUCACCUCUCGCAGCUACCAAGCACCCUAAUAGGCAGAUGCCCACAACUAUACUCCUCUACCUAUCAUAGCAGAAAGCCCAACAGUGCCAAAAUGAAAACAAAAUGCCCAAAACUGGAGCCACUUCAAAUAUUACUCCCACAGACUUGAACGUUGUUAGAAUUAAAGGUUUGGCUCUAACAUGAACACUCUGUAGAGCAUGCAUUCUCGAAACACAAAUCAAUUUACUAAAAGGUUAUGCAGUUUUGUUACCAGUGUAUUAGAAUGUCCAGAGCACUCCAUCUCUAUUUUAAUACAUUGAUUAUAUACCUAAAUUAAGAAUACAUCCAGAAUCACCAAUAAAAGACCAUGUUUAAUUAACAUAUAAAAAGGAAAUAAACUUAUAUCACCAUCAUUAAAAUUAUGCUGUGAAAUACAUUCUUAUAACACACUAUUAAAAUCAGUUUAAUAAAUAUGCAUUUUAAAUUAUAUUCCCAGACUGAAUUAUGAAAAUCUUUUCUACAAAUAUAAACUGUGCAAAACAUAUUACUAGGUGACUCUGGCUCUAUUCCUGGAACACUAAUGUUUUCGUUCAUCAGCUACUGACUUAGCUGACAUUUAAUUUUUUUUUUUUAAUUUUUCCAUAAAGGAAGCCAUACCUAGACUGAGCAUGUGCACCAAUGAACUGUCACCAGGGUGUGCCUUAAGACCGAGAAAGCAGUCAAAAGACAUGCCAAAUGACCGGAACACAAUAGGCACUGAAAGGAACAUAACCUGACCACUGUGCCUACUGAGCAACUGCCGUUGAGUUGAAAGGGCAGCAUCCAGAAAAAAAAACCCUCUACCAAUGAGCCCCUACUCCUCCAACACCCAAACUCUGCCCUUUAGCCCUGUACCUGAAUGCCCAUUCACCACAUGCCUUCAGGCCCUACCUUAGAACCACUUAGAGCUAGAAAUUUGCAGGAAGCCAUAACAAAACCAGAAAGGGAAAUGACAAAAAAAAAAAAAUUCAACAAUUGUAAAUGUAACAAGUUGGCCAAAUAAUGGAUUACAAUACCAUGAUUGUCUUGAAGGGUAAUCUUGUGCAAUUUAGUAAGUUGACGCUACCUUAUCAAAGCCCCCUGUUAUAGACAGAAUGGUGUAAAACUACAAAACUGGCCUUCCACAAUAAUCUGUAUCCUUGCAAUGAUGCUCUAUCCACAAGCCCCUCCAACUAAAACCACAAAGAAACUGUCCACUAGUAAUGUUUGCUUUACAUAAAAUGCGUAUUAUUGAAUCUGCAAUUAAAACUAAAAAUCAGUCCCCUUGUGCAUGUGUUUGUGUGAGGUAAAAAUAGCAUGGCACUGACUAUUAACUCCAUCCUGCUCAUGCAUGGUGCAAACUGUAAACUAACUCACUGAGUCAGAGCCCGAAAAAAGCCAUUAUUGGUCCCAGCUGAGGAAAAUACCUCAGAAUGUGGCAUAACUGACUGGCCCCUAAUGGAGCAUUUCAUUUCCAGUCACAGCUCAAUCUUUACCACUGUUCCUGCAUAUUUAGAAAGUUAACAAAGAAGGCUCUGCAUUAGCAUAAGUAUUCCCAAUGGUAAGAAGUCCAAACUCACAUGUCUAUCCUCAUUUA